CGUUUCGUUCGUCUCGUGCAGCAGCCGUCGGCCGGUCGCGCGGAGGCUCUGCGGCAGCAUGUUCUCGUGGGGAGAGGACGCCCACCGGGGCUUCCGGCUCAAAGACGGAGCGAACAAUGACAGGGGGCCCUCGGCGGACUCCGGGGUCCGUCGUUUGGAGCUCGGUUACCGGCUCGCGGGUCUGUCCGCGGGCCGCAGCGCGCUCGCCUUCGUCAAAGCCAACGGGAACGCGUUCGUCAUCGUCAGGAAGCAGAGCCGAGGCGGGAAGCAGAAGUUCGUGAAGUGUAAAGAGAAGAUUCAGGCCGUGGGUUGCCAUGGUGAUGAUAGUGAUGUGGUGGUCCUGCUACUGUCCGAGGGAGGAAGGGUUUUCUUUGUGGAUACUCACGCUUACAAUCCAAAGCCCCUGGAAGCUCUUUGUAACAUACCUGUGUCUCAGGUUGCUUGUGGGGGCCAGCACUCAGUGGCCCUCACCAAAGGUGGUCAGGUGUACACAUGGGGCCGGAACUCCAGGGGCCAGCUGGGUCUGGGGAGGAGUGAGACCUGCAUCGACUCGCCCCAACGCCUGGGGGGUCUGUCAGCGCUCCCCCUGGUCCUGGUGGCAGCAGGAGGGGAACAGAGCUUCGCCCUCUCCGUCUCCGGGGCCGUGUUCGGCUGGGGCCGAAACGACCGCGGGCAGCUGGGGCUGGGAGACACAGCAGACAGACACACGGCAACUCCUGUUCACUGUCUGAACAAGAAGUCAAUCAUUCACAUUUCCUGCGGAAAGGACCACACUGCCAUUCUGACAAAGAACGCUGCCGUGUUCACCUUCGGCUCCGGGCAAUAUGGACAACUUGGGCACAACUCAUUCAGAGACGAAUUACGACCACGGCUGGUUGCAGAGCUCUGGGGGGCAAAGGUCGCCAUGAUUGCUUGUGGACGGAAUCACACAUUAGCUUUGACGGAGUCAAAGAGGGUCUACUCCUUCGGCUGUGGAGACCAGGGCCAGCUGGGCCACGGGAAGGAGAGUCAUCCGUCUGUGCCACUGCCCGUUCAGCUGCUACAAGAUGCAACUGAUGCUCAAAUUGGAAACAUCUUCGCAGGGGGAAACUGUUCCUUUGCAACGUGCACGCCUACUGAGGGCAUCCACGAGGAGGCAAAUGCCGCCGGCAUCAAAACACAGCAUUGUCUCAAUGACAUGAUUGACAAAUGGACCCUCGAAUACGAUUCAAAGACAUGGAAAAAGAUCAAACAGGAAAUCCAGAGGACAUUCUCCUCCGCUUCCUGUGUCAAUACAAUCUUCCUUGAGCAGAGCAAAGACAAACAUUUCCAGACUUCACCAAAGUAUUCAGGCUUGAAUUUGUCAGUUGCACGACUCGCUUUUGAGAAAUUGGUGAAACAGGACAAUGUUUUUGCUGAGGUUGAGGCUUCUCUCCUCCACUUGCUUCCUUCCCUUGAUAAGAAGCCAUUGGGAGUGGAGGGGUUGAGGAUCUACCUGCUUCUCAACGAACUCCUGCAUGUGAUCCAAAGGCACAAACAGGAUCGAUCGAGCACAACUCUCGCCAAGGCGAUCGCUGUUUCCCUCCUAAACUUGUCCGCUGACAGUCUCCAGGUCAUAGGGGACUGGUGGUCCUCACUGCCAACCUCCACCAUGGUUGAACAUGUUAACGUGUGGAAGCAGGCCCUCUCAGUGAUGCUCUCCUCAAGGACUGUUUCUCACUACUUCGGACCCAGAAACUUGGCGCUAGUCCUCCAGAACAUGUACAACGUCAACAGCAGGACAGCAGAACCUCGACGGAUGCCAGAAACGGAUUUCUGUUUGUUGAUUGACAAACAGUUUCUCUGGGAGGAUGUGUGCGUUUGGAUUUGUACACAACUCAAGCCUCUUCAGAACGUGCCCGUGCAGCCAUUUAUCCUGUGUAGCUUUCCAUUUCUUAUGGAUCUUGAGUCAAAGAAAUUUGUUUUUGACCUGAGUGCUGAGAUCACAAAGAAUAAUGCACAGGACUCUCUUUCCGAUAUGUUUUGGACGUUUUCUGAGGAGUCCUUUGACCUAACCCUGACUCGAGCAUCCAUCUUAGACGACACCUUUGAACAGCUUGCUGCUGUGAAUCCUGAGGAAUACAAGUUACCACUCAUGAUUUUUUUUUUAGAGAACGACACAGAUGUAAAUGAUCUUAAUCUCUACAAAAAAGAUUUUUUUCACGAAGUGUUUCACGAGAUGAUGUCAACUUGCAUGUUUAUGUUCAACGACUCCAAAACACUGGCCUGGUUCCCCUCCAAAGCAACAGAGGUGGACGAGAGAUACUUCUACUUUGGGGUUCUGUGUGGAUUGGCUUUGUACAACCAGCACAUCAUACACUUACCCUUCCCACUGGCACUGUUCAAGAAGCUGCUCGGUGUAAAGCCAUCACUCGGUGACUUGAUCGAAUUCAGCCCAUGCGUUGGAGAGAGUCUGCUUAACAUCCUGGAAGACUACGAAGAUGACGACAUCCAAAAGCUCGACAUGGAUUUUGUAAUUUACUGGGAUGACAAAGAAGUUGACCUUGAUACUAAAAAUCCUGGAAAGCCACUGACAGGGCAAAAUAAGAAGGAGUUUGUGGAGGCCUACGUGAACCAUGCCUUCAACACAUCGGUGGAGGGUGUGUUUCAGGAGUUCAAGCAAGGCUUCUUCAAGGUAUGUCACCAGGAUUUGGUGAAGCUGUUCCAACCAAAAGAGCUGCAGGAAGUGCUGGUGGGCAAAGACUUCCAUGACUGGGCAAAGCUGAAACAGAACACUGGUUAUGAGGGGGUGUACCGUACCACACCACCUCACCCCACCAUACAGAUGUUUUGGGAGGUUUUUGAUGAACUGACUGAGGAUCAGAGGAGAGCUUUUCUUUGGUUUGUGACUGGCUCUGAAAGGGUUCCCACUCUUGGCCUGGACAAGAUCAAGAUGACGAUCAAGGUUAAAGAAGUUGAGGACCUCUGCUAUGACGAGUACUACCCUCAGACACAUACAUGUUUCUCAACCCUGGAGCUGCCCUUGUACUCCACCAAGGAGAUCAUGCACACCAAGCUUACAGAGGCCCUGAGCAAGAAUAGAAAAAUCUACUCUGACUGUAUAUGAACUAAACAGAGGACAUCGCAUUGUAAGAGAGCUUUUUGUGAAUGGCUGAAUGAGGAGCCUUUCUAGCUAUUGCUUAUGUAACUGGGUAUUAGCAGGCGUGACAAGACUUAUAUUCUUUUAAAUAAAGAUGUGUGGUGGAUGUACAUGAAUAUAGAUAGUAUAUAUGUAUAAACUGUAUCCGUAUAUUACGAGAUUUUUUUAGCAAGUAGCACAAAAUGUAUUCCUUGCAAAAUAAAUGUUCGGCGGCAAAGCAGCCUACUUUCUACUGCAAAGAAGUCAAUUUAAGCAAAUGUUUGUUACAUCCAAUGUUUUAUCUUUAGGAGCAAUAAAAAUUGAAACUGUAUGAAAUCGA